AUGAAGAAGUUUCGGAAGGUUUUGGACGGGUUGACCACUUCUUCACCUGUCAAUCCAGGUGGGUCUCCCGGUUGCGGCAGUGCGGCCGGGACCCCCAGUGCGGCACCAACACCGCGCGAGCUGGAGAUCCAGGAGACACUGAUGUCGGAGCAUUUCCAGAUCUGUAAGACGGUGCGUCAUGGAUUCCCCUAUCAGCCCACAGCUCUGGCAUUUGACCCGGUACAGAAGAUCCUUGCCAUCGGCUCUCGUUCUGGAGGAAUACGAAUGUAUCCUUUUCUCUCUUUUCCUCAUCUGGGACGGCCAGGAGUGGACUGUCACAGCCAGCAUGAGAGCGGUGCGGCAGUUCUUCAAAUGCAGUUUCUCAUCAAUGAGGGGGCGCUAGUCACAGCCUGUGCGGAUGAUACGCUGCAUCUCUGGAGCCUGCGGCAGCGACUUCCAGCUAUCCUACACUCUCUCAAAUUCAACAGAGAGCGGAUCACAUUUUGUCAUCUUCCAUUUCAAAGUAAAUGGCUUUACGUGGGGACGGAGCGUGGGAAUACACACAUAGUGAACAUUGAAUCCUUCAUUUUGUCUGGAUAUGUCAUCAUGUGGAACAAGGCCAUUGAACUAUCAACAAAGACGCAUCCAGGUCCUGUUGUUCACCUGAGUGACAGUCCAAAGGAUGAAGGGAAAUUGCUGAUAGGUUUUGAGAGUGGGACGAUAGUAAUGUGGGAUCUGAGGGCCAAACGAGCUGACUUUAGGAUAUACUAUGACGAGGCCAUUCAUUCAGUAAGCUGGCAUCACGAAGGGCGGCAGUUCAUGUGCAGUCAUUCUGAUGGCAGUCUGAGCAUGUGGAAUAUGAGAAACACAGCAAAGCCUUUUCAAGUCACCUUCCCCCAUGGCAAAACUCAGAGAGAUGGUAGAAAAGAGUCGUGUAAACCUAUUCUCAAGGUAGAAUACAAGACCUCCCGAAACAGUAGUGAAGCCUUUGUCAUCUUCUCUGGAGGUCUUUCAUAUGAUAAGGCAGGACGGAGACCAACCCUAACCAUCAUGCAUGGUAAAGCCAUCACAGUGUUAGAGAUGGACUAUCCAAUAGUGGACUUCAUGGUGCUCUGUGAGACACCCUAUCUCAACGAGGUCCAGGAGCCGUAUGCAGUGGUGGUUUUGCUGGAGAAAGAUUUUGUUGUGGUCGAUCUGACCCAGAGCAAUUUUCCUAUCUUUGAGAACCCUUACCCUAUGGACGUCCAUGAGUCUCCGGUCACGUGUACGGCUUACUUUGCCGACUGUCCUCCUGACAUCAUCCCAGUGCUUUACUCUAUAGGAGCCAAACAUAAAAAGACUGGCUACAGCCACAAGGAAUGGCCAGUCAGUGGUGGCACAUGGACAGUCGGUUCACAGACAUAUCCAGAGAUUAUCAUCACAGGACAUGCAGACGGAUCGAUAAAGUUUUGGGAUGCCACAGCGAUCACACUUCAGAUGCUGUAUAAGCUGAAGACGUCAAAGGUGUUUGAGAAGCCUAAGACUGGCGAUAUGGGACGUAGUGCUGAUCUUGUGGAGGAAGAUCCCUACGCCGUUCAGAUGAUCAGCUGGUGCCCGCAGAGCCGUAUCUUUUGUGUCGUCGGCAUCAGUGCACAUGUCAUCCUGUACCGCUUCAGCAAGCAUGACGCCAAUACCAUCAUUACGUCUCUAGAGUUGCGGCUGCAGUGUGAGAUGGAGGACGUCAUUUCACCAUCAGAUACAGAAAACACUCCAUGUUUUUCCGACCCCAGUGGUCACUCACCUCAACCUCAGCCUCCAAGUCCCCGCAGCAAUACACCAGACAGUGUACGGGACAGCAUCCCUUGCCUCAAGGUUAAAGAUCGCAUGAUCCGAAUGCCUCCUGGAUACCAGGCGGAGCUGGUGGUUCAGUUAUUAUGGGUUGACGGAGAGCCACCACAACAAAUCACCUGCCUGGAUUUAAAUUCUGCCUAUGGACUGCUGGCUCUAGGUAAUUGCAAUGGCUUGGCAGUUGUGGACUACCUGCAGAAAACCAUUCUGCUGUGUAUGAGCACCCUUGAGCUAUACGGAUCUGCCGACCCUUUCCAGAGACUAACACGCUCUCCUCGCAAAAACCGGCAGUCCACAUCAGGCCUUACGGAGCUUUCUGAUAAUCAGGUGUCUUUGGACCUAGAGAGGAGCAAGUCACCAACUUCAGAUCAUGUGAAUGGACAUUGCACUAGCCCCACCUCCCAGCCCUGUCCGUCUGGGAGGGCCAGAGUCCCGGGGGGCCCUGAAGGGCCACGCCUCGCCCGCAGAGGGCCCGGCCGACCGCCCUUCCGCAAGGCCCAGUCCGCCGCAUGCAUGGAGGUCUCUUUGCCUGUGUCCUCCCUCACCGAAGAAAACUCUUUCAGCCGUUCCCGGAGCUCUAGCGUUUCCAGCAUAGACAGAGAGACUAAAGAGGCUGUAACAACACUGCAGUUUGCAGAGUCAUAUGGGCGCAAGUCUGACUCCCUGCCUACACCGUGUCUGUGGGUGGGCACGAGUCUGGGCCUGGUGCUCAUCAUCCCAAUGUCCAUCCCUACGGACGAGCAGGAACGUCAGGAAGACCCUGUUACUGUGGCCCCUACUGGCACAGUGUUAAUGUUGAAGGGCUCUGUUUUGCGGUUUGGUUUCCUGGACUGUGGGGGUGCUCUUAUCAACAGUCCCUAUGAGGUGUGGCGGGACCAGCAUGCACCAGAUGACCCAGAUCGACCCCGCAAGAGGAAACUGGUCAACUUCUCACCGUCUUCUUCUCAAGAGGCCUGUGGAGAUGGUCACUUAGCGGUGGUGUGUUCGGAGAGGCAGGCCAAGGUCUUCUACAUGCCCUCACAGGCCUGUCUAUAUGUACACAACAUUACAGAGUCGUCCUUCGUGCUGCGAGCUGACGUGGUGUCAGUUUCAAACAGCGUAUGUCUGGCCUGCUUCUGCGCUAAUGGACACAUCAUGAUUUUGAGCCUUCCCAGUUUACGGCCUCUGCUAGAUGUGAGUUACCUGCCGUUAACAGACAUGCGCAUUGCCAGAACAUUCUGCUUCACCAACGGAGGGCAGGCGCUGUAUCUGUGCUCCCCCACCGAGAUACAGAGAAUCACUUACAGCCAGGAGAUGUGUGAGACAUUAGGGGAGCUUUUUACACCCAUCGAGACCCCUGAGGCUCAGAACCGUGGAUUUCUUAAGGGCUUUUUUGGUGGCAAUGCCCAAACCUUCGACAGAGAGGAGUUAUUUGGCGAGGCAUCGGCGGGUAAGGCAUCACGCAGCCUGGCACAGCACAUCCCAGGACAAGGUGGUAUAGAGGGCAUGAAGGCGGCAGCAGGCGGAGUGGUUGGGGAUUUGGCUCGAGCUCGCAUCGCCCUGGAUGAGAGAGGACAGAGGUUAGGGGAGCUAGAAGAAAGGACUGCUCUGAUGAUGACCAGCGCAGAAACUUUCUCUAAACACGCUCAUGAGCUAAUGCUUAAAUGCAAAGACAAGAAGUGGUAUCAGUUUUAG